AUGUCGGGAGGUUGGAACACCAUAGAGUCCGAUGCCGGUGUAUUCACAUACCUCAUCGAGAAGCUCGGUGUCAAGGGCGUGGAGUUCGAAGAACUCACCACACUUGAGCCGUCAGACCUACAAGCCCUCGGUACACUGUAUGGUGUAAUAUUUCUCUUCAAGUACCCGACCGGCGAGAAACCCAGCGACGUACCGAAAGAUGGGACGUACGACUACGAAGCGGCGAAUAAGCUCUUUUUCCCUGCGCAAACGAUACAAAAUGCGUGUGGUACACAAGCGAUUGUUUCGCUGUUGCUGAACAGGGAAGAAGAGGUGGAUAUUGGCAAGGAACUGAAGGAGUUUAAGGAGUUUGCAGGGGACUUUCCACCAGAGCUACGAGGAGAAACACUAUCAAACUCCGAUCUCAUCCGCGAAACCCACAACUCCUUCGCGCGCUCCUCACCUUUCGUCGACGAAACACAGCGGACAGCCACUGAAGACGACGAUGUCUUCCACUUCAUCGCCUACACAUCCAUAAACAACAAACUCUACGAACUCGACGGCCUCCAACCCGCGCCCAUCCUCCACGGCCCCUGCACGCCCUCCGACUUCCCCAACAAGAUAAUUCCCGUCCUCCAACGACGCAUUGCGCGCUACCCCGCCUCGGAAAUCCGCUUCAACCUCAUGGCCUGCUGUCGUGACCUGCGCAUCCGCGCACGGGAGAUAGGCGACGAGGACGAGCUCGAAGAGCAGGAGGACAAGCGCGCGAAAUGGCUAUACGAGAACUCGCUAAGGAGACACAAUUUCGUGGGCUUUGUGGGGGAGUUGUUGAAGGCGGUUACGAGGGCGAAGUUGCAGGAGGGCGAGGGCAGUUAUGACGCGUGGGUUGAGGAUGCGAAGAGCAGGGCACAGAGGAAGAGGGAGGAGUUGAGGAAGAAGGGUAUUCAGGCUGAGGAGUAG